AUGGCCCCAAUUCAGAGGUGCGAUGUGCUUCUGUGCAGCAGGGAGGACACCUUGGGUAUUCUAAAGCAUAUGAUGGUGUGGAAGCCAGAUUGGGUGGCUUCCAAGGACAUACUGAGGAGGAUGGGAUGGAGUAUGGUGGAAAUAGCCAUGAUGAACUCUAAUCCUCCGGAGAUUGAGGUUCCUCUUGGUCAUUUUGUGAAGAUGAAUGUCCUACUGUGGAAUUGUAGAGGUGCUCUAAAUGCAGACUUCAAGAGAAGAAUUUUUGAGAUGGCUAUUAAUCACCACCCCUCGAUCAUGGUAAUCACAGAAACAAGAGUUGGUGGAGAUAGGGCUGCUAAAAUUAUUGAAGAUUUACCUUUUGAUGGAAGCAUAGUUACUGAGACCAUUGGCUAUGCAGGGGGUUUGUGGCUUUUGUGGAAAACAGAUGAUGUUGAUGUAAUGCUCUUGUCUACAACAGAACAGGAGAUUCAUGCGACUGUUAAGGUGCGUAACUCUGACCCUAUCUGGCUUAUUUCUGCUAUAUAUGCUAGACCUAGGUUGUCUAAGAGAAGAAUUUUAUGGGCUAAUCUUAAAGUUGUUGCCCAGCUCCAUAAUUUGCCUUGGCUUAUGCUUGGAGAUUUUAAUGAAGUUUUGAGUAGCGAAGAUAAAUUUGGAGGGAAUCAGGUGAAUUUAAAUAGGGCUCUCCAAUUUAAAGAUUGUUUGGAUGUUUGUAACAUGUUGGACCUAGGGUUUGUUGGGCCUAAAUAUACUUGGAUGAAUCGUAGGCCCAUUUCCGAUCUUAUUCUUGAGAGAAUUGAUAGGUGUUUUGCCAACCCUUCGUGGAGAGUCCUUUAUCCUGAAGCUACAGUGACUCAUUUGACUAGGACCUAUUCGGAUCACUGUCCAGUUUUAAUUGAACUAUUUGGAUCUACCCUUUCUGGUCAAAACAAACCUUUUCGUUUCCACACUAUGUGGCUCCUACAUCCUGGGUUCCCAAAUAUUGUUCAGGAGGCUUGGACUGCGGGCAGAGAUCUUCAAGAAUCUAUUAUGGAUUUUGUUGGUAAAGCCAAGCAUUGGAACUAUAAUGUCUUUGGAAAUUUAUUUGCUAAAAAGAAAAGAGUAUUGGCCAGAAUUAAUGGUAUCCAAAAAGCUUUGGCGUGCAGACCAAGUGACUUCCUCUUGAACUUGGAGAAACAACUCAUUGAGGAGUAUUUUAUAAUUUUACUCCAGGAAGAGGAAUAUUGGGCACUUAAGUCAAGAUUGAAUGCAGCCAUGUUCGGAGACCAUAAUACAAAUUUUUUCCAUGUCUCCACACUGGUUAGGCGGCACAGGAAUAAAAUCCGUUGUUUAAAGGAUUCCUUGGGGAACUGGAUCACAGAUGAGAUUGAGAUAAAGAGACAUAUAAAUUGUGGUUUUGAAAAGCUUUACACUUCAGAGCUUUGUAUGUCUCCCAUGUUUUCAGCAGUCACUUCUUUUUCGUGUUGUUUUCUAUCUGCUGAGAAUUGCUUGAGUAUUAGUAGUGGUAUCACUGAUGAAGAAAUCAGAGCUGCACUAUGGUCUCUAAAGCCAUUUAAAGCUCCUGGGCCUGAUGGCCUUCAUGCGGGAUUCUUUCAACGCUUUUGGCCAGAAGUGGGCGGCUCUAUUUGCGCAGAAGUUAAGAAAGUUUUUGAUACAAGGGUAGUUCCUAAAUUCCUUAAUGAGACAUUGAUUACGCUUGUGCCCAAAUGCCAAAAUCCAGUUUCAUUAAAUAACUAUAGGCCUAUCAGUCUGUGUAACUCCGUAUACAAGAUUGUCUCAAAAAUCAUUGUGGCACACAUUCGUCCCUUUCUAAGCAAUCUGAUAUCUCCUAUGCAGACUGCUUUUGUGCUUGGGCAUAGAGGAGCAGAUAAUGUUAUCAUUGCUCAGGAGCUUAUUUACACACUGGAUAGGAAAAAAGGGGCAACGGGUCAUAUGGCAAUUAAACUAGACCUGGAGAAAGCCUAUAACAGACUUGAGUGGAGUUUUAUUCACAAGUGUAGGGAUGGCUCUUGGACUCCUUUGACAGCUUCUAAGGGUAAUGUGGGAAUAUCCCAUUUAUUAUUUGCAGAUGAUAUAAUUCUGUUCAGUAAAGUGGACUCUAAGGCAUGUAAUGCCAUUGCUGAAGUUUUGGAGAAGUUCUGUAAGGAGUCUGGACAGAAAAUCAGUCAAGAUAAGUCUCAUAUCUACUUCUCUCCUAAUGUUAGUGAGGAGAUGGAGGAGGUAUGGGAGAAAUUGGGGUUCAAUGAAACUCGAAAUAUAGGAAAAUAUCUUGGAUUUCCUAUUCUCCACAAGGGCGCAAAUCGGAGGCAAUAUAAUGAUAUUGUGGAGAGAGUUAUGAAUAAACUGUUAGGGUGGAAAGCAAAAUUCUUAUCCUUUGCAGGUCGAUCUGUUUUGAUCAAGUCUGUCAUGGCUGCCAUGCCUAAUCAUGUGAUGCAAGGUGCUGCCCUUCCAGCUCAUAUUUGUGAUAAGCUGGAUAAAAUUAAUAGAGAUUUUUUAUGGAGCUCCACUAGUGAUAGGCAGAAGAUGCAUCUGGUGGGUUGGAAUAAAAUUGUUCAACCUAAGGAAGAAGGAGGACUGGGGAUCCAAGCAGCUAGAGCAAAGAAUAUUGCUUUGCUUUCAAAAUUAAACUGGAGGAUGUAUCAUGAACAGGAUGCUCAUUGGGCCAAAAUUAUGCUAAAAAAAUAUUGUACUGGUCCGAGAGCUAGAGCAAGUAAUCCGGAUAGUCUCCCUUCUUCUCCCAAUUGGAGAGCAAUUAAAGUGGGGUUUCCUGUAUUUAUGAAAGGUAUUUGUUGGGGUUUGGGAGAUGGGUCGAGAGUGAAAAUUUGGACAGAUAACUGGAUAAGGGGUGAGUCCUUAAGAGAGUUAAUUGAGGGCCCCCUUAAUCAAGGUGAUCUUGACCAUACAGUUGCAGAUUUGAGGCAUGAAGGAAUAUGGAAUUGGGAUGGUUUUUCGUUUGUUAUUCCUGAAGGCAUUAAAGAUAAAAUUAGAGCCAUCCCAUUUCGGAAUUGUGAUGGGGCAGGUGACUUUAUAAUGUGGAAGUUUUCAAAAGAUGGGGAAUUCUCUGUAAAAUCUGCCUAUCAAGUGGCUAGUCAGGAGGAAAAUGAUGGAAAUUCAUUUCAAGGUUCUUGGAUUUGGAAAUUGGAUAUUUUACCCAAAAUCAUACAUUUCCUAUGGCUGACUUUUCAUUGUAGCAUACCUGUACAUGGUGUUUUGGCUUCAAAAGGGAUAAAUUGUGAUAAGCGUUGUCCCCUGUGUAAAUGUAGUGAGGAAACUAUUCCUCAUCUGUUACGGGACUGUAAUCUAACCCGUGAAUUUUGGAGGAAGUUGGAACCACCACCAGCCCUUAUUAGCACCUUUAAUGAUAGUUUUGAGGAGUGGUUGAAAGUUAACAGUACGAGUAUUAUUUUGCACAAAUCCAAAGUGCAUUGGGGUACUAUGUUUCUUUUUGCUAUUUGGUCUUUAUGGAAGAACAGAAACAAGGUUGUAUUUGAAAAUUCUAUUCCUAAUCCUAAUCUUCAUAAGGCUUGUAUCCACCAGGCAAGAGAAUAUUUUUAUUGUGUAAGCAAAACUUGUCAGGCAACCAGGGAAGUUGCUAUCCAGGUUUGGUGGAAUAAACCACCUGAAGGGUGGUUUAAACUCAACACUGAUGGGGCAUCUCAAGGAAAUCCUGGAAAGGCAGGGGGCAGUGGAAUCAUUAGAAAUAGCCAUGGAUUGUGGAUUAAAGGGUAUUCAAGGUCAAUAGAUUAUACUACCAGUGUUGUUGCUGAAUGGUGGGCUUUAAGGGAUGGUCUUACUUUAGCUAUCCAGUUAGGAUGCCAGCAUUUGGAGGUUGAAUUAGAUGCCAAGGUGAUUGUGGAGCUUUUGAAGUCUAACAGUACUCCUAAUAGAAAUUAUUCUCCUCUUUUGCAUGAUUGCAGGAUGUUGUUAGGCCAACUGCAGCAAGUCAGAGUUGUGCACGUGUUUAGAGAGACCAACAUGUGUGCAGAUUUUUUGGCUAGAUGGGGCUGUUGUAUGCAAGAUGAUUUUGUCAUUUUUGAUUAG